AUGGCCGCAGUGUUCUAACGAUAUACGGCUCAGAAUACUUUCUUUCCUCGAACGCAGCAGACGCGUUUUCCUUUUCACGUACUCUACAAAUCUGAGAGUCUUUUUGGCUUGAACAUCAUGGCGACAAGGAAUCUGUUGGCCAUCCUUCUUUUGGCCAGCAUCUGCAUGACCCAGGCAUAUCCGGCUUUGUUGCCCUACAUCUACAAUCCUUCCAAGCGUAGCAGUGAUACGACUUUCCCCCAAAUUGAAGACGAUGUCAGUGAACUGGACCAGUUGAGGAAUGAACCGGGAGCGGUGAUGGCCAAGCGGCAGCACGAUGGAAGUACCGCUCGCACCACCACUACCACCAAGAAGAGCGUCGAGGAGGUGGCCGCUGUUCCCGAGCCAGGUCCAAGUCCAAAUGCGAAUAUUUUGCCCGACUUGGAGAGGCAGUUAGAGGUGGCGACGCCUCUGAUCUCCACCACUACGACCACCAGCACGUCGGCCACCACCACUACGGCAACAUCCAAGGAGGAGGGAGAAAGAUCGCAGCUGGAGGAGCCGAAAACGCAGAUCAAAACCGUAGUGGAGCCGACGGCCCAUGCGAAGUGUAUAUCUACGAAACCACCCAAAAAUCAACAGGCAUUUUACGGGGCGGCUCGUCUAGCUUUUGGCCAAAAUCCAGAGGUGCUACCAACGACCACCACCACAAGCACGACUACCACUACCACGACUACGACGGCAGCUCCUCCAUCUGAAUCCGAGGCAGAAGGUCAGUCCCAAUCACCAGCCGAACUGGAUCCGGAAGCUAAAGAAGCAGAACCGGAAACGGAAACCGCUCCAGAUGUGGCAGGAGAACCAGUAGAGGCACAGGAUGCCGUCGGCGAGGUUGCCGAAACCGAACUGACCGCCCUGAAUCCACCCAAAUCCAAACCGAAUCACCAUGAAUCCAACAAGGAGACCAUCGGAGACAUUGUCUUCGAUGUGGUGGCCCGAACCACGGAGCGAAGAUCCAGCACGCCAAAGAUAACGGCCAAGACCGCCAAGAGCUUGCUGCGUAGUCCAAAUGGUCAGUACUCCUCGUUUGACAUGGCCCAGUAUAUUUUCUGGACCGGAGAUGAGACAGCUGUGGUAAAAGCAGUGGAAGAACUGGUUGAAGGAAAAGUGAUCACUCGGGAGAGCGCCUUGAAGUUCCUGCAGGACAUUCGGCUGGGAAUAGAGUUCCUGCAGCGGUCCUAUGCCAAUCGAAUUUUCCCCGAGGAGGUCCGCCAGAAUCAGUUAAAGCGCCACAGUCCCGCCAUAACCACGCCCCCAGCAUCCACGACGACCACAACGACAACAAGCACCACUACAACCACAGAAAAACCGUUCCCAGAAGUGCACGAAUCGGGUUUGGAAUCAGGAAUCGAGCGAGGCGCCGCAGGAGUCCUGCCCGCGAAGAACUUCGAUAGCUUCACCUUCUGGAACAAACUCAAAGUCUUGGACAGCGAGGCACAGCAAGACUUGAACGACUAUGACGAGGGUCGGGCCAAGAUUGUGGAGUACUUGUACAAUGAAUACUCCCUGGAGGAGAUCCUUUACAAGCUGGCAAAGGUGAUGUUUGCCCAAUCACUUUCGCAUGGCUCCGACGAGGCCCAGAUGGAGCUGCAGAAGCUUACGGAAUUUCUAGAGCGCGAGGGUAACAUGGGUGUCAUACCCGUCGACCUGCAAAAGAAAGUUUUAAGAGUUCUGCUGAGCGCAUUGUCGGACACUCUGACCGAACAUCCGGAGUUCCUGCCGGCGGCGCGGGUUAAUCUGGCCAACCCAUUUUACAGGCUUCCAAUCCAUGCCCCCAGCCAAUAAAGAUAGAUUGGGAGGCCAUCGCAGAUUAAUAGAAACCCUAUAAAUAUAUAUAUGUUAACCCGCAUAAUCCGCAUCAGCUAAAUGGCAUAUAUGGCAUAUACGCACUGAUCGGCGCUACUCUGGGGAGGCGCUCUCUCGGAUCUUCGAUCCAACUUGGCCCUAAGUUCAUCCGAUCGAUUGGCACCUUUCACCUUCGUUAACGGAUUAGCCUACGUGUAAUAUAGCAAAAGAUACUUAAGUGAUAUUUUCUGGUCAGGCGGAGUCGGUCGGCGGCAGAUGCAGAUGCAGAUGCACUUACGGUACGAUAAUAAAAUCAAAUCAACUGUCAAAAGACAAAGCAAAGUAACCGAACCAAAACCCAAAAGACAAAAGAUAAAAGACAAAACUGAUGAGAGAGACUUGCGCCCCUUUGAGCUUUUAAAAUUAAUAUAGACUAUCUAUAUGUAUAUGCCCACGGUAUGCAUACGAAUUGGCGCACUUGCUUAUAUUUGAUAUGAGUUUGUUAGUUAGACACAUUCAGAGGUUGAGACGUCGAGGUCGCUGGCAAAAUCGAUGGGCCGCCAGGAACGACCGAUUUGAAGCAGGAAAGGGCUCUGAGUCCGCCUAUAUCAGUAGCUAAUAUGGUUAAUACUUGUAACCGCUCCACAGACGAGCGACUUUCGUGAAUAGUUAUUAUUCUAUAUGUUGUCCCCCCUGAAUAAUUGAGCGUUACAUGCAUUAUUAAUGGAUUGGUUAAACGAUUGAUUGUGUUGCGAGUUACAUAUACGAUAUGCAAAUAAGAACUAGAUCCUGUAUCAACAAAUUAUCGAUUAUACACUCAAUAUACAUAAAUAUAUAUAUAUAUAUAAAAAACAA